AGUGACAACAAGGCAAAAUGACAACACAACCAGCAGGAUAAAAUCAAACAUUUCCAUCAAAAGAGAGGUUAUCGGCAGACGAAUCAAAUCCAGCAUUGUAUAUUUUGUCCAAACAUGAAGUGCCAAAAAGUUGUUAUAGUACUGUCUUUCGUUAUUGUGAUUUUUGUACUGGAAGAUGGUAUGGUUAAAGCAAUGUCUCUGUCUGAAAAAAGAGAGUUAAAAUUGAAGCUUAAAGAAAUGUUCUUCCAUGCUUAUAAUUCUUACAUGGACAAUGCCUAUCCUGCGGAUGAGUUGAUGCCAUUAAGUUGUAAAGGACGUUAUAGAGGAUCACAACCAAACAGAGGAGAUAUAGAUGAUAGCCUAGGAAAUUUUACUUUGACACUUAUAGAUACUUUGGACACAUUAGCAGUUUUGGGUGAAGUAAAAGAGUUUGACAAAGCUGUAAAAUUAGUUGUUUCUCAGGUGACCUUUGACACAGAUGUUGUUGUAUCAGUAUUUGAAACAAACAUUAGGGUUCUAGGGGGACUUUUAGGGGGACAUGUUUUAGCAUCAUCACUUAAAAAGAGGAGGAAAGGAAUGGAAUGGUAUACAGAUGAAUUGUUAUUAAUGGCUAAAGAUAUUGGUUACAGAUUAUUGCCAGCUUUUAAUACAUCCACUGGAAUACCUUAUCCUAGAGUAAAUUUACGGCAUGGUAUCAGAGAUAUGAUUAAUAAAUAUAAAGAUACUUGUACAGCAUGUGCUGGAACCAUGGUUUUAGAAUUUGCUGCAUUGAGUCGACUAACAGGAGAAUCAAUUUUUGAGGAGAAAGCACAUAAAGCCAUGGAUUAUUUGUGGGAACAAAGGCACAGAAGCAGUGAUCUUGUUGGGACAGUCAUUAAUAUACAUAAUGGGGACUGGGUUAGGAGAGAAAGCGGCGUUGGUGCUGGAAUUGACUCCUACUAUGAAUAUGUAUUAAAGGCCUACAUAUUACUUGGUGAUGAUGAAUAUUUAGAUAGAUUUAACAAGCAUUAUUCGGCAGUCAUGAAAUAUAUAAGCCAAGGUCCACUAUUGGUUGAUGUACAUAUGCAUAAACCAGAAGCUUUAUCUAGACAUUUUAUGGAUUCCUUACUGGCUUUCUGGCCAGGGCUUCAGGUUUUAAAGGGUGAUAUAAGACCUGCAAUACAGACACAUCAGAUGUUAUAUCAAGUUAUGCAGAAACAUAAUUUUUUACCAGAGGGAUUCACAUCUGACUUUAGAGUACACUGGGGAAAUCAUCCACUGAGACCAGAACUAAUAGAAUCUACUUAUUUCCUGUAUAAGGCAACUGGUGAUAAUCAUUAUUUAGAAGUUGGCAAGAAGAUGAUGGAGAAUUUGGAUGCUCAUGCACGAGUACCAUGUGGAUUUGCUGCCAUUAAAGAUGUAACUUCAGGAGCACAUGAAGAUCAACUGGAUUCCUAUGUAUUUGCUGAGACGUUUAAGUACCUGUACUUAUUGUUUGCGGAGAAAUCUGACCUGAUAAUAAAUGUAGAUGAUUAUUUAUUUACAACAGAAGCUCAUCUAUUACCAUUAUCAUUGUCUGUAUAUAAUUACACAGCAAAAGUUCCUAAGAUCAGAAGGGAGGUUUAUGAAAGUUUAGAAAAUCUUUAUGAUGAAGAUGAAUUAUCAGCUACUAUUGAUAUAUCAGCCUUAAAAGUGGAAAAUACUUGUCAGAAUCCCCAGUAUUUAGCCACAAAUUUAAUGAAUUAUGCCACUAAAGUUAGAGGAGAAAUGAAAGGAUGGAUGGACAAAUCAGUACCAGUACAAAGUUGUUCUUCAGGUCCACGUCUGAAAGCUGCUGAUUUCAUAGCUGGUAAUAAAGCACAGUUACAACAAUUACAUGACAUGGGUAUAAGGAUAGCUACAAUGGCUGAUGGCAGGAUCCAACUUCUCCAUUCAGCUGCUGAUGCUGCUUCUGUAGAAGAUGCAGAGAAUGGUAUGAAAUUUAUGCAGGAAAUGAUAGAAUUAUCUUCAAAGCAACCACAGGAUGCUGCCCAUGAGCCUAUGGUUGUACAGGUUAUAACAGAACCUUAUUACGGAACUCUAUGGUUUAAAGCAGGUCCAGCACAGUUUGGUUACAAUUUAAAAACUAACCCUCCAGUGCAGGGACCUGUAGUUCAAGCUGUACCAUAUAAAGCAUGUACUCAGAUAGAAAAUGCUGAUGAAGUAAAGAACAAGAUAGCAGUCAUAGAAAGGGGUGAUUGUAUGUUCAAUGAUAAGGCUAGAAAUUUACAGAAGGCUGGAGCAAUAGGAGGCAUUGUUAUAGACCAUACUAAAGGUAGCACUGUAGAGGGUCAGCUUUUGUUUGCCAUGUCGGGAGAUGGAACUCAAGAUGUUAAAAUUCCAAUGGUCUUUCUCUUCCACAAAGAAGGACAUCAGUUGUUUGAAGUUUUGUUAGCUUUUCCUGAAACAGAGGUUUUAUUGGCUCAUACUCGUAAGAGUGAAGGCUACUUUAGGCCAGAUGGAGUGGCUAGUGUCACAUCCCAGCCCAAAUCACCACCAACCUCUGCAAAGGGCCCAAGUCGUGUAGAAAAUGUUCCUAAAGUGACUGUUCGUGUUAUUGGUGAUAAAGUUACAAAGACAACUUUACAAGAUGGAAAUGAUGAAACCAUUAUUUCUGACGGUUCAGGGAAUACAGUAUAUUACAAAUAUCAGGCAGGAACUAACAAAAUAUUCAUGAAUGUCAAGGUCAACCCCAAGGACAACAAAAAACCUGAAAUUCCCGUGGUAACAGACGAUGAUGUGAUAGUGAUAACUACAAGGCCAGAUGGAUCAAAACAAUUAUCAUUUAAUUUUGAUCAUAUCUCUGCAGCAGUGUCAGAAUCCGUACCUCAGUUGAAUCAAAUUUAUCAAUAUGUUGUGGACAUUAUGAAAGAAAGAACAAAUUUUAAUUCUUUAGACAAUCAAGCAGACUACCUCACGGCCGUAGCUCGAAUUUUAGAGUCGGCAUAUUUUAAUACAGGUUCAUUUGACAGCCAGUCACAGAGAAUGUUUGAUAAGUUAGCUAGUGUUUUAGAAUUAAAAAAGAAAGACACAGUUUCAAGUGAACAGAAAUCCACUACAGUAUUACAUGAUUCCUCACAAACAACAGACAGUCUCCCGUCCUAUGCUUCAGAGGGAGAUUUAAAUGAAGAGUUUGAGAACACAGAACAAAGCUCUGAGCUGGAAUCAGAGUCUUCUAAUGAAAAACCUGAGUCAAUAGCAAAUGUUAAAAUUAUAGAUGAAAAUGGUCAUAUAAAAUAUAUAAAAGUAGAAGAAUUUGAAGACUUUGCUCAAUUUACAGAUAUUGAUGAUUAUGUGUCAAAUAAACGGACAGAUUUAAAUAAUGAAAAUGUAGAAAUUGAUAGAAAUGAAAAUUUAGGUGACAUUGAUAAUAAUAAUAAUAAUAAUAAAGAUGAGUUAUGAAAAUUACCGAUUGUAAUAAAACAAAGAAAUAAUAUUUUAGGUUUAUUUUUUCUUUUCAAAAUGUUGUGGAUUUAAAAAAAAUUGGGUUUCAUUUAGGUGUCAGAAAUUAUAAAUGCAAUGCUAGUCAACAAAAAGUAAAAAUGCAUUUUCUUUAGAACUUGAGAAUCUGAUUAUUGGAUAAAAAUUAUUAUAUAUAGACUUUUUUAUAUAUAAAUAUAAAGUCAAUGUUCAGUAUUAGAUGUUAAAACAGUGAUGAUUUUUAUGAAGUUAUGUACACACUACUCUUCAUAUAAAUCUUCUUUUUAAAGAUCUGUUAGAAGUUGCUGUAACUAUAUGUCUACUUAAUUGGUCUCAGUAUUGCAGAGGUGGAUUUAGAAGGGGGCCCGGGCCACCCCUUUUCUGGGAAAAAUUUGGUUGAUUAUAUAGGGAAUCACUGAAGCAUGACCAGAGUGGGCCCCCUCUUAGGCAGUCAGUGGGCCCCCACUUAUGAAAAUUUCUGGAUCCGCCACUUAUUCCAUUCUUUUAUAAUAAUUAAAUGGUUAUAGGUUUGUUUUAUGUAAAUAAACAUGGCAUCCAGUGAUAAUGGCACUGGGAAAUCAUAUCCUGAUUUUUGUAUUGUUUUUGGCCAAAAAAAUUCACAUCCAGAUUUUUGUAUUGUUUUUGACAAAAAAAUUAAAUGAUCAAAUCACUGAAAUAAGUAAUAACAAGCCAGAAAAAAAGAUAUUCCAAGAUCUUAUUUGAAUUAAAAAAAAAAUUGUACCCAGUGAAAUUAAUGGAUAUUUCCUCUAGGAAAGACUUUUUUUCUGAGUUGAAUUGUUGUUUCUUGUAAAUAGCAAAAAUCAGAGUAUGAAAAGUAAGUGUUUAGAUCUAAAAAGUUUUUAAAAAUCAGGCCAACAACAAUUAAAAAAAUUUUUUAAAUUUGGAGUUAUGUUUUAUAACUAGUUUUGCCAUGAGAAUUCUGUUUUUUGAUGUUUAUUCAAGUGAAAUAUUUCUGUGUUGAUAACCAUGAUAAUACUUAAUCAUAUAAAGUCUAUAAACAUCCUGUAUAACACUGACCCUGAGAGUAUGCAAAUUAAUUAAGUAAUCUGACCCUGAGAGUAUGCAAAUUAAUCAAGUAAUCAAGAGAAUAAAUGUGUUCAUUUCAUGUAAAUCAAUACAAGAUAUAUAAUGAAUUUAAUACAUAUUUACAGAUAUCUGAAUAGUAUUACUAUUUAUACUACAUGUACUAUAUAUGAUGAAUUAGGUCUGACAAAAAGUAAAAAAAAAACAUCUUUCCUAUAAACUAAAAGUUGUGUGUUUCUAAAUUAUGUCCUAAUAUUGAUGUUAUGGUAAAUUGAAAUACAAUUUAAUUGGUGGAUAAAAAUACUUAUUAAAGCAUUUAAGUGCUAAAACAUUUUUUUGUAAAGAUGGUGCUUUUAUGUAAAUGAAGACUGAGCAUUAAUGUUGAACAAGAGAUUUAAACAACCUAUUGCUCAUUGUUGAAGGCCGUACGGUAACCAAUAGUUGUUAAUUUCUGUGUUAUUUAGUCUCUUGUGGAGAGUUGUCUCAUUGGCAAUCAUACCACAUCUUCUUAUUUUUAUAUUAGCUGUUUGUUAAAAACAUAAAAUUAAAUCAUGCAAAUUACAGUCAACAAGUUGAUACAGUCUGAGGUUAAAGUUUUUCAGUUAUCAAUAACUUUGUCAAACUUUCAAGGAAUUUUAGGAAAUUUGGACAUAAGCUUAGUUAUGACCAAAAUACGGUAUUCAGAGCAAAAUUUUGAAAAAUAUUUAUUUUCAUUUUUCUGUACUUAACUGAUAAAUGGACUUUUUUUUUUUACAUUUAACAAAUAGAUAGUCUGGGGUUAUAGUUUGUUACACGUCAAUUCCUCUAUCAAACCUGCAUUGAAUUUUAUGAACUUUGGCAGAAGCUUUUUUAUGAUUAAGAGAUAAUGAAGCAAACUUUUGAAAAUAUGUUUUUUCCAUUUUCAGUAUUUUUCUGAUAGAUGGACUUCGGUUUUUACAAUUAACAGUUUUAACAAAGCUUUUUUUGACAUGAUGAAUUUGUAAACCUUUGUGGAUUGUUAUGAAACUUGGACAGAAGCUAAUCUUCAAGACCAUGAAAUAUUAUCUAAAGAAAAAAGGUUGAAUUUUUUAUUAAUUCUGUAUUUACUGAUAAAUGGACACACUUUUUAAGUCAACAUUACACUUUUAUACUGACAGCAGCAAUCAUAGGCAAGACACAGGGUUCCUUGGAACCUCUUACAAAUUUUUUUAACCUUGAAGCAAAUAAAGUCACAAAUAUUAAAGUGAGAGUUGAGAAACAAAAUGCUGUUAUUUCAUAUCAAUGAUAGGAACUAUAAAAAAUCAGAAAUUUGAAUUUUAAAUUAACUUGGGCAUAGUUGUGAUCUCUUGUUGAACAUUGUAUGCUGGUAUUUAAGCCAAACUUUUAUUGACAUAUACAUCAUCUAGUCUUCCAUUGUUAUAUAUGUGUAGUGUAUUGUGUAUGCAUCUGCCAUCUGGUAAUGGUAUACUCCAUUGGUAUUUAGGGAUAUUAUACCCAUACAUACAACUUUGAUCAAAAUUUAUCGUAUAGGAAAGGUCAUCUUUUUAUUGUAAUGUCAUUUCUGUUUUGAUGAUUGAUUGGUUUAUAUAUAUUUUAAAACUACAUUGUUAAGUACGAAAUUUGUUAUUUUCUUUUUCAUUUAUUUAAUAAUAACAUCUAUGUGUGUUUCAAUGCAGAGUUAGAGCCAGUAAAAUUUCUUGUUAUGUAUUGUUAGUGAUAUCUUUUGAAAUGAGCCCUGUUAUUUUAGUUAGCAUUGUGGGUAAUGUUGCUUCUAUCAUUGUAAACAGAUUAAUUUCUGUGAGGGAUUUAUUUUCCUAACCUUCAAAAGUAGAAAAAUAAUAUGAAUAUCAAUUGUUGGAACUUCUGUUAUAAAAAUACUUCAAGAAAGUUUAAAAAUUCAUGCAAAUAAAUCAACUCUCUUAUAGAUGGCUUAAUUAAAAAUAAGUUAGUUUACAGUAGUUUGUUUUUAGGCUAACAAAAUAUUUGUGUGUCUCCUUUUGCUUCAAGAUAAUUUUAUAGAUAUAUUACUUUAUAUAAAGACACAGAUGUUCACAGUGACAACUUAAGGGAGAGUCAGCAAACCAGAAACUAGAAACAUAAAUUUUUUCCUGGUUUUAAAUUCUUCAAUAUGAGUGAUGUUUUAUCUAGGUAGAUAUUUCACAGAGUCCUUAUUUCUAGUAGCUGAUUUAUCUUUUUUUCACAGUAUAUGUAGUAAUGAAAAUCAAAUUGUUUUCCCUAUUUUAUACGUUUAUCCAAAUACUGUGGAUUCAUAUAUUUGAGUGGUUACCAAUUUUCAUGGAUAUAGGAGAAAUUGUACUUUCAUGGAUAUUUGAUUUUGUAGUUUUGCCAAAGUCUGCAUAAAAGCCUAUUAAAAAUUUAUACUUUGUUGAACAUUUAAAUUCAUGGUUUACCUUUAUCCACAAAAUCCGGGAAAAUAAGUACACCAUUAAUAAUAAAUCCAUAAAAAUUAAGUUUCAUUAAUAUUUUCACAAUAUUUUAUGAGAAAAAUAUGGUCCCAGUAAGGUAGAUAUAUAUACUGCUUGUUGAUUAAUGUUGCUCUGGAGCCUUGUCUCCUUCUUAAAUCCUUGCUAGUGUUGUCUUGCCAACCCCAAAUUGACAAGUCAGAAUAACUCGAUUCCAGUAACACUUGUAUGAUCCACUCUUUAUCAGACCUUUAAAUUUCUUAUCAGAAAAAUAUGGUCUCAGUAAGGUAGAUAUAUAUAUACUGCUUGUUGAUUCACGUUGCUCUGAAGCCUCGUCUCCUUCUUAAAUCCUUGCUAGUAUUGUCUUGCCAACCCCGAAUUGACAAGUCAGAAAAACUCUGUUCCAGUAGCACUUGUAUGAUCCACUCUUUAACAGACCUUUAAAUUUCUUAUCAGAAAAAUAUGGUCCCAGUAAGGUAGAUAUAUAUACUGCUUGUUGAUUCAUGUUGCUCUGAAGCCUCGUCUCCUUCUUAAAUCCUUGCUAGUAUUGUCUUGCCAACCCCGAAUUGACAAGUCAGAAAAACUCUGUUCCAGUAGCACUUGUAUGAUCCACUCUUUAUCAGACCUUUAAAUUUCUUAUCAGAAAAAUAUGGUCCCAGUAAGGUAGAUGUAUAUACUGCUUGUUGAUUCACGUUGCUCUGAAGCCUUGUCUCCUUCUAAAAUCCUUGCUAGUGUUGUCUUGCCAACCCUGAAAGUGACAAGUCAGAAAAAGUUGGUUCCAAUAACACUUGUAUGAUCCACUCUUUAACAGACCUUUAAAUUCCUUAUCAGAAAAAUAUGGUCCCAGUAAGGUAGAUAUAUAUAUUGCUUGUUGAUUAAUGUUGCUCUAGAGCCUGGUCUCCUUCUUAAAUCCUUGCUAGUGUUGUCUUGCCAACCCCGAAUUGAAUUCAGAAUAACUCGAUUCCAGUAAUACUUGUAUGAUCCACUCUUUAACAGACCUUUAAAUUUCUUAUCAGAAAAAUAUGGUCCCAGUAAGGUAGAUAUAUAUAUACUGCUUGUUGAUUCAGGUUGCUCUGAAGCCUCGUCUCCUUCUAAAAUCCUUGCUAGUCUUGUCUUGCCAACCCCGAAUUGACAAGUCAGAAAACUCGGUUCCAAUAACACUUGUAAGAUCCACUCUUUAACAGACCUUUAAAUUCCUUAUCAGAAAAAUAUGGUCCCAGUAAGGUAGAUAUAUAUAUUGCUUGUUGAUUAAUGUUGCUCUGGAGCCUGGUCUCCUUCUUAAAUCCUUGCUAGUGUUGUCUUGCCAACCCCGAUUUGAAUUCAGAAUAACUCGGUUCCAAUAACACUUGUAAGAUCCACUCUUUAACAGACCUUUAAAUUCCUUAUCAGAAAAAUAUGGUCCCAGUAAGGUAGAUAUAUAUAUUGCUUGUUGAUUAAUGUUGCUCUGGAGCCUGGUCUCCUUCUUAAAUCCUUGCUAGUGUUGUCUUGCCAACCCCGAAUUGAAUUCAGAAUAACUCGAUUCCAGUAACACUUGUAUGAUCCACUCUUUAACAGACCUUUAAAUUUCUUAUCAGAAAAAUAUGGUCCCAGUAAGGUAGAUAUAUAUAUACUGCUUGUUGAUUCAGGUUGCUCUGAAGCCUCGUCUCCUUCUAAAAUCCUUGCUAGUCUUGUCUUGCCAACCCCGAAUUGACAAGUCAGAAAACUUGGUUCCAAUAACACUUGUAAGAUCCACUCUUUAACAGACCUUUAAAUUCCUUAUCAGAAAAAUAUGGUCCCAGUAAGGUAGAUAUAUAUAUUGCUUGUUGAUUAAUGUUGCUCUGGAGCCUGGUCUCCUUCUUAAAUCCUUGCUAGUGUUGUCUUGCCAACCCCGAAUUGAAUUCAGAAUAACUUGAUUCCAGUAACACUUGUAUGAUCCACUCUUUAACAGACCUUUAAAUUUCUUAUCAGAAAAAUAUGGUCCCAGUAAGGUAGAUAUAUAUAUACUGCUUGUUGAUUCAGGUUGCUCUGAAGCCUCGUCUCCUUCUAAAAUCCUUGCUAGUCUUGUCUUGCCAACCCCGAAUUGACAAGUCAGAAAACUCGGUUCCAAUAACACUUGUAAGAUCCACUCUUUAACAGACCUUUAAAUUCCUUAUCAGAAAAAUAUGGUCCCAGUAAGGUAGAUAUAUAUACUGGUUGUUGAUUCAUGUUGCUUUGGAGCAUCGUCUCCUUCUAAAAUCAUUGCUAGUAUUGUCUUGCCAACCCCGAAUCGACAAGUCAGAAAAACUCGGUUCCAGUAACACUUGUAUGAUCCUCUCUUCACAAGACUUUAAAUUUUCUUAUAAAAAAAAAAUGGUUCCUGUAAGGUUGAUAUAUAUACUGCUUGUUGAUUCACAUUGUUCUUGAGCCUGUUUCCCUUUUAAAUCCUUGCUAGUCUUGUCUUGCCAACCCCGAAUUGACCCAUAAAAAAUGCUAUGUUCCAGUAACACUUGCAUGGACCACUCUUUAAUAGACCCUUAAAUUCUUUAUGAGAAAACAUCUUUAUUUCUUCCUUGGGGCCUCUCAGUUUAAAAUGGAAAUUCAUAAAAAUUAAAAAAUUAAGCAUCAAUUUUUAUUAAUAUUCUGUUAAAAAAAAGGUACAAGCAGUAUGAAUAAUAAGUUGCAUGUGAAGUCCUUAAAUCAUAAGACAUUGAAAGAAUCAACAUCUUGCACAAUGGGUAAACAAGAAAAAUAUAAAUCAUUAAAUAAAGUAUAAUUGAAAGUAGCGUUAGACAUACUGUAGACAGUACAAUUCAAUAUCAUGAAGUUCAAGAUCAAGUAUCAAUGAAGAUUUUGAUGUCUUCCAUUAGAGUCUGGUAUCUUCUUUUUGUCAGAGCAGAGGUUUCAGUUCUCUGGUAUCUUUCUCAUUCUUGUCCUUUAUUAGAGGAGAAAAAGCAAUAUUCCCUUCCCAAUUUCAUGGUUUCAGUAUUUUUUCAUUGUGCCUAGAUAUUUAAAAAAAAAAGCAAUUUAAACUUCACUGUUGAUUGUCACGGAUAAUUUUAUUGACAAUAAAGCAUUUGUGUAAUAUAGCCACUUGAAGUAUGAAGCUUUGUUUGUAAUGUUCAAUUUGUGUUUCCCUUAAAUUUUAUUAAUGAAUUUCAGUAAUGCUUUAUACAUCAUCUACUUCACACCUAAAAUUAAUCAGUUUCACCCCACAUUUUUUCUUCUUAAUUUAUUACAUCUUAAAGUACUGAGAGCAUUCUUUGACUGAGGUGAAAAAAAAUACACUGUUGGUUUAUUAUUCUUGGUGUACUUACAUUUGUUGAUUUCCUGGGUAAACAUUUACCACGAAUUUAAGUGUUCAACGAAGAAAAAAUUUCAUAUGGGCUUAUGUUUAGACUUUGGCAAGACUAUGAAAUCAAGUAAACAGGAAAAUACUGUAUUCUGCAAUCAAUGUAAACAGGAAAAUACUGUAUUCUGCAAUCAAUGUAAACGACUGAAUUCAUAGUAGUUUAUUAAUUUUACCUGUUUUAUAGUCAUUCAUUUUCCUGUUCUGUGAAAUGACAACUUUCAUUAGAAUUUAAAAUAAAUCUAAAUGUGGUGUUUGUGAAAGUUUUUUGUAAAUGUUUCAGUCAAAUAUUUUAUUGUGUGUGUAUUUGGUUCUAGUUGACAUUUAUAAGAGAGUGCCAUAUUUUUAUCCCUACAGUCUUAUAUAUAAAGCAAUUUGCAAUUAAAUAAUUCUGUCAUUAAACUUUAUCAUCCUGAACAUGCAUGAAAUAUUUGCCACUGGACUUUAACAACCAAUAAUCAAUCAAUCAUUUAACUUUGAUUUUUUCUUUAAUAAGAAUAUUUUCAGUAAUAAAAGUGACUUAAACACAUAAUAUUAAGUAUUAAGAAUUAUAAUAUGUAAUAUUCGUGUAUAUCAAAUUUUGUUGAAACAUAGAUGAAUUAAGAUACUGAGCCUUUUGGAGCUCAUGAAUGAAGAUUGAUAAGGACCUUUAACCUCAGAAACCAGUUUUAUUUUGUUUAAAUGUUUAUAAUAACUGGUCUAAUAUUAAAUUGACAUGACAACCAAUCAGCAUUCAAUUUUUUCCAUCAACUAUUUUGCCAUUAAAGUAUUAAUUUUUUAUCAAAAUGCAAAAAGUUAAGUACGAAGUAAGUGAAAAAUGAUUAAAUGUACAAGCCAAAUAUGUUUUAAAGGUAAUUAUGUUGUAUAGGAGGAGAGACUAUAUCAAUCAACUUCCUUGUCACAUAUUCCCUAAUACAAAUAAUAUUGAUCUGAUAGAGCAAAGAACGUACAACCAUUGGUGUCUGAGGAAAGUCAACUUUAAGAUUUCAGGUUUUUUUUUGGUAACAAUGAUAUUAAGGUUACCACAAGUCUUUUUAUCAUUACAGAAUAAUUCAUUGAAUAAAACACACAUUUUUAUCUGUCAAAUAUAUUAUUCAGCAUGUUUAUUUUUGUCAGAAUGAGUGUAACUUAAACAUGCGAUAAUUAAAAUAUAAAGUGUUCAAUUAUCAUUCCUCUAUAAGUGUUCUAUGUGUUUGUUGUUUUAGGUUUUUAGUUACAUGUAUGUUUAAACAUAUCAUAUGAUGUCAUGAUGUGCAGCCUCAUUGUGAUAUCAUGACUUGUAGCCUCGAUUUUUGUUUUUGUUUUGUUAUUAUAUUUAUUAUGUUUUACAAUGCCACAUAUUUUGUGGUUUUAUGUACAAUGUAUUACGAUAUAUGUCCGCCAGCAUGUAAUAUUUCAGAAAAGUUAUGAAAUUUUUCGUUUUGUUUCAAACUCAUCAUUGGCAGAAACUUCCUUUUUUUAAAUGGUUUGUUAAAUAAUUAUAAGCUCUUAGAAAGAAAUAAUUGGUUGAAUUCAGAAAAAAAAAUAGUUUUUUGGUUUGUUUAAUCAAUUACAGUGAAAUCCUGUCUAAAUCAACCCCUGUGAAAACUGAUUGCCCUACUUAGCUGAACUCUCAUAUAAGCUCAAACAUUUGUUUUGUAUUACUUCGCAGUCCGUAUUGAUAGCCUUAUCCCUCUACUAUUUAAGGUUUUGGUGGAAUGGGUGUGAAUUUUGGCAACAAAUUUUAGUUCAGCAAUAUUUCAGACCCUGUAAAUAUCUUUAAAUUCUAUACAUUGCUAAGCAUUUCAUGGAUUAGUUAUUAACAUUUUUAUUGAUGAAUCUAGGCAAAUUAUUCCAAAAGUGCAAAUUAUGUUAAAAUCUGGAUAUUUUGUGGAAUUGAUAGGGCUCACAUAUUGAAUUUGUGUAAACUGACCGUCAAUGUAAUAAACAAAAUGUUCAAUCCUAUAGAGGUUUAGUUAAGACUAGUAUAUCUAAUUUCAUUUGUAAUUCUUGGGGCUUUUUUUGGCAUGCUAUCUUUAGUUUUGACUCGCAUGCAACCAAACAGUAGCCUAGAUUCAGAAAAAAAGUAUUUGAGUAACAAUUUGUGUAUUGUUUUAUAAUAAUAUGUAAUUUUUUAUUCUUAGAUAAAUAUGGUUGUACUUACUGUCCCCACCCCUCCAAAUGAAGAUUUGAAAAAGAAGAAAUCUAAGCAACAAGGAGAAAUAAUUACAACACAAACCAUACAUGUGUUUACCAUUUUUCUUACUAAAAAUCAAAUAUUUUUAAUUUUAUCAUUGAAAUAAAACUGUAUGAUGUUAAAACUAAAUUACUUUGACGGUGAACUUAAAAUGAAGAUGCCUGAAGCUGUUUAAACUGAUCAAUAUUGAUUUCAAUACCUCAUAACUGUGUAAACAACAUUGAUAAAAAUUUAAAUGAACUGCAAGAAAACUAGCUAACACAUAUAGGGUUUAAAUAUCUCAUGUUUUUUUUCUUCAAAAGCUGAAAUCACCCACCCGCAUAUUAGUAUUCAUUUGGAAGAAAAAACCUGCCAAAUUGUGAGUUGAUCUCUAAUCCAAUAUGAUGAGUUAUUUUCUAAGAACAAUAAAUCCUUGUAUGGUGCUCUUCAUGGCUGUCCCAUUUUUGUAGAAUCAUUUUUAUAAUAAAAUUGAAAAAUAAAA